AUGCGCGUCCGCCGGGGGCUGCUGCGGUUGCCGCGCCGCUCGCUGCUCGCCGCGCUCUUCUUCUUCUCGCUCUCGUCCUCGCUGCUCUACUUCGUCUAUGUGGCGCCGGGCAUAGUGAACACCUACCUCUUCAUGAUGCAAGCUCAAGGCAUUCUGAUCCGGGACAACAUGAGGACAAUAGGUGCUCAGGUUUAUGAGCAGGUGGUUCGAAGCGCUUAUGCCAAGAGGAACAGCAGCGUAAAUGACUCAGAUUAUCCUCUUGACUUGAACCACAGUGAGACCUUCCUACAAACCACAACUUUUCUUCCUGAAGACUUCACCUACUUUGCAAACCAUACCUGUCCCGAAAGGCUCCCUUCCAUGAAGGGCCCAAUAGACAUAAACAUGAGUGAAAUUGGAAUGGAUACCAUUCAUGAACUCUUCUCCAAAGACCCUGCCAUCAAGCUCGGAGGUCACUGGACACCUUCCGAUUGCGUGCCCCGAUGGAAGGUGGCAAUCCUUAUCCCCUUCCGGAACCGCCACGAGCACCUGCCAGUUUUGCUCAGACACCUGAUUCCCAUGCUUCAGCGCCAGCGCCUGCGGUUUGCAUUUUAUGUCAUUGAGCAAGUUGGCACCCAGCCCUUCAACCGAGCCAUGCUUUUCAAUGUCGGCUUUCAAGAAGCGAUGAAGGACUUGGACUGGGACUGUCUUAUUUUUCAUGAUGUGGAUCACAUACCUGAAAGUGAUCGUAACUACUAUGGAUGUGGACAGAUGCCAAGGCAUUUUGCGACUAAAUUGGAUAAGUAUAUGUAUCUGCUUCCCUACACUGAGUUCUUCGGCGGAGUGAGUGGCUUAACAGUGGAACAAUUUCGGAAAAUCAAUGGCUUCCCUAAUGCUUUCUGGGGUUGGGGCGGAGAAGACGACGACCUGUGGAACAGAGUACAGAAUGCAGGCUAUUCUGUGAGCCGGCCGGAAGGGGACACAGGGAAGUACAAGUCCAUUCCCCAUCACCAUCGAGGAGAAGUCCAGUUUCUUGGAAGGUAUGCCCUGCUGAGGAGGUCCAAAGAGCGGCAAGGGCUGGACGGCCUCAACAACUUGAACUACUUUGCAAACAUCACAUAUGACGCCUUGUAUAAAAACAUUACCGUCAACCUGACACCUGAGCUGGCUCAGGUGACUGAGUACUGA